AUGUCUGAAAAUUCUCCCCAUGUCAAGUCUAUAUUCGACACUCCUCCAAGCAAACCGUCCACGGCGAAAAGAUCACAUUUUGAGCGCCAGAAAGCCGAAGCCGAAGCAAAAAGGCAGAGAGAUAAGGCAGAGACGGCUGCAGUCUACGAAGACUUUGUGAAAUCAUUCGACCAAGAUUCUAGCCCAUCUACUUCCUCCAAUGCGUUCGGUGGACGAUCCACCCAGCAACAUCAUCAUCAUGCGUCUGCGACAGGUCACGGCCCCUUUAGCGGCGGUCCAUCGAAACGACACUUUGCCGGGCCAAUGCGAACUACCUCAGAAUCGAUCGGAAAACCACCUUUAUCAUUCUCCAAGAAACGACCAUUUGAGUCUCUAAGAGACUCUCAACGAGACCGGGACAAGCCUCGUGGGAUAUUUGGUUUUGAAGGCGCGCGGGCGGGCGACUCGUUGAAUGCAUUCCAGGCAUCAGACGACGAAGAGGAGACAACUAUUGAUAAAAAGGAGGCGGAGAAAGCAGCUGCGAAGCCUACAUUGCAUCUCGCAUCCCUACCUCCUGGUACAUCUCCCGCUGUUGUAAAGUCGUUGAUUCCUCCGAUAUUGGUUGUAGACAAUGUCAAGAUAUUACCACCCCCGCCGCCGUCAACACAUGGAGUGAACGAAAAGAGAAUAUGGUCUGCUAUUGUUACACUGGCUCAUGACACUGCCGCCACGGAUAUGGAUACGGUGGUAAGCUCAUUACAGAAUAAGUACUUGGGCUGGGGGUUUUAUUUGUCGAUUUCUAGACAUCUAUCGUCGGCCGCCAUUCAUUCAAGUAUACCCAUAGCUCCCGGAUCUACGUCAUUAACAAACCAACCCUUCGGUGCUCGGCCCAUAACUCGUGCCAGUCAGUUUGGGCGCGGAGGGCCUCAUCGUUCUGGAAUCGCGCCACCUUCAUCAUAUGAUUCCAGAUAUGGGAGUAGGAGUAACCAGGGGCUUCAAGUCGACGUGAAGCCACCUUCAGACUUGCGACAAUUGAAGCUGAUACAUAAGACAAUUGAGAAUCUAUUAACGUUUGGACCAGAAUUUGAGGCCCUGCUUAUGAGUAGGCCGGAAGUUCAAAAGGAGGAAAAAUGGGCCUGGAUAUGGAAUUCAAAGAGUACCGGAGGGGUAUGGUAUAGGUGGAAAUUGUGGGAUAUUUUGACAAAUCCCGGCAAAAGACGCGGUAGAGGGCGAAACCAUGCUUCAACUACCGUCAUAUUCGAGAAUGGCCCUAUGUGGUCAGAGCCAGAGAGAAACUUACGAUUUGAAUACACUACCAAACUUGAGGAGUUUGUUUCAGACGAAGACUAUGAUUCAUCUGAUGAAGAUGAUUCAGAUAGAGAGGAAGAGAAGAGGCGGGAUGACGCUGCGAAUGAUACAGGGAAUGAUGGAACUGGCCAUUUGAAUCCCUUGCAAAAAGCAAAGCUCACACACCUACUGGCCAGACUUCCUACAUCACACUCAAAACUUCGGCGGGGCGAUGUGGCGCGAGUCACUGCAUUUGCAAUCAAGCAUGCUGGUGGAGGAGGAGAUGAGGUUGUUGAUAUGAUUGUAUCCAAUGUGAAUAAGCCCUUUGCUUAUACUUCUGCCAACCCAGAACGGCAAAAGGACGAAAAUGGAGCUUCGGGGUCAAACAAGAACGACGCUGACGAACCUGUCAAACUCGAUAAUGAACCCACGGAGCAAAGCAAGAAACCAACUGCCGAUGGGAAACUAGAUACAUCAUCAGCCAGUUUGGUUGGCCUCUAUAUCAUUUCAGAUAUCCUUUCAUCAUCGUCUACAAGCGGUGUACGGCAUGCAUGGCGCUAUCGACAACUCUUUGAGAAUGCCCUGAAACAACAGAAGACGUUCGAGAAGCUCGGUCGAGUAGAGAAGGAACUUGGAUGGGGCAGAUUGAAAAUUGAGAAAUGGAGGCGAAGUAUCGGCAUUCUUCUCAAUCUGUGGGAAGGCUGGUGUGUUUUCCCACAGGCUAGCCACGAAGCAUUUGUCAACUCCUUCGACCACCCUCCACCUACUGAAAAAGAACAAGCGGAAGAAAAGGCUCGUGUGGCAGAAGGAAAAGAGACGGGGGUAUUUGGCAGCAAAGGCAAAAACAAAUGGAAAGCCGUUGAAGAUAACGGGACAACAGGGCAGUUUGACCCUGCUGCUAACCCUACGGACGGUGGCGACCCUAUGGACCUGGACAUUGACGGAGCUCCUAUCGCCGAUGAUGACCUAGACGGCGAAAUCUUCUCCGAUAUAGACGGAGUCCCCAUGGAGGACAGCGAUUUGGAAGAGACCGAAGUCGCUGCUUUGGGUCAAGAUAAGCCACUCAGCAAGGAGCAAGAGGAAAAAUCAGUUUCAAAAGAAGAAAUUCCACCACAGGACCCUAUAUCUCAACCCGCAGAGCCUGCUCAACCUGCUCAAAAACGCCGUCGGCCGAAGGCAGAGGACAUGUUUGCAGACUCAGAGUCCGAAGGCUGA